AUAAUAUCUCUGCAAUUACUAUCGUCUUUUUUCACAGCCAUGGCGAAUUCUUGGGAAACUGUUUUGUUCUCUUGUGCUCUGCUUCUCUCCUUAUUUGUUCCAUCAUCUUUGGCUCAAACAUGCAGGGGCCAUACUUUCACCAGCAAUCAAUUAUUCACUGCAUGCAGCGAUCUUCCUGUGUUGAGUUCUUUCCUCUAUUGGAAUUACCAUCCCACGAACCUCACAGCUGAUAUUGCUUUUCGCAAGACUGGAGCAUCCACAAACGGUUGGGUUGCAUGGGCUCUCAAUCCCAACGGCCAACAGAUGGUGGGGUCACAGGCUAUUCUGGCUUUUCUCAACUCCAGCGGCGUCCCGACUGCUUAUACCACCCCAAUAACCAGCUUAUCCCCGUCUAUGCAACCUGGCGAUUUGAGUUUUCAGGUCUCCAAUCUUAAAGCAGAGUAUUCAAAUGGCGAUAUGAUAAUCUUUGCUACUCUGCAUCUUACGAGUAGCCUAAUAUCGACCAACCAAGUGUGGCAGGAAGGUCCCAUGAGUGGAACUACUUUUAAUCCUCAUGCCAUGGAUUCAACAAAUAAAGCAUCUGUAGGGACUAUAAAUUUUGAGACGGGAGCAACCGUUGCAGGAACUAUCCGAACAAGCAGUAAGAAGAAUGUUCAUGGAGUACUAAAUGCAGUGAGCUGGGGAGUUCUGAUGCCAAUGGGAAUAAUGAUAGCCAGAUACUUGAAGGUGUUUAAGGUAGCAAACCCAGCCUGGUUUUACUUGCAUGUAGCUUGCCAAUCAUCUGCAUAUAUCGUUGGGGUUGCUGGAUGGGGAACUGGUCUUAAACUCGGCAGAGAUUCUCCUGGAAUCAAAUACAGCAAACACAGAAAUAUUGGCAUCACCCUUUUCUGCUUUGUAACUCUUCAGGUAUUUGCUUUGCUGUUGAGGCCAAAGCCAGAUCACAAGUACAGAUUGUAUUGGAACAUCUAUCACCAUUCCAUUGGAUAUGCAACCAUCAUUCUGAGUAUCAAAAACAUCUAUGGGGGUUUUGACAUUUUAGACCGUGAGAAGAAAUGGAAAAAGAUCUACACUGGGAUUAUCAUAUUCUUGGGUGCUGUUGCAGCUCUCCUGGAGAUUUCUACUUGGAUCAUUGUGCUCAAAAGAAAGAAAACAGCCAGCUCCGACAAGCAUAUCAAUGGGACUGAUGGAUAUGGUGCUUAGAACACAUAUUAUUUAGGGGUGAGCAUUCGGUCGGUUCGGUUUUGAACCGAACCGAAUAAACCGAAAACCAAAAUUUUAGUGUUUAUGAAAACCGAACCGAACCGAUUUUGGUCAGAAACCGAAU